AUGACUUUUAUUCAAAUGCCUGAUGGCUGGCUCCAGCCUCUUUCAAACCUCACUCUCCUUCCUAUCGCUAUUGUCAUAUCAGCCUGGGCUGUUACUAUCAUCGCAAAACAAUGGAUGCGGAGUCGCAAACAGCACCUACAACCGGCCACGAACGAAACAUCACUUCCUGAGAAGACGUCGAUUAUUGAGCCAUUGCAUAACUUUGACUGGAAGACAGCGCCUAGACGUCAACUGCGACCAUUCAAGCCGACAUAUCACAUCACGAUGGCUAUUCAGGCCAGCACACCUUCAGAGCUGAUUACCAUCGAUGAAGAUUAUGUCGAUCGCAUAACCCAACGACGUAGCAUCAUCGCUGCCCAUGGUUCAACUGUACAUGGUCACAUUCCCGAAGGCGACGCAGCCGUGCGCGAGCUCUACACAUAUCUCCUAUCCGAGCAACUCCCCAAGCGUUUCCCAGCCAUCUUCCGCCUUUCAAACGAUACCUCCACAUGCGAGAAUCUCGCUACGGGAAUGUCUUUUCCGACGGUCCCUAGAGGAGACGCAAAUGCCGCGCUACGUAUCCUUGGCGAGACGAUAGAAGAAGACCUCUUUCUCCUCCAACAGACCCCCGAGGGCCACCAGUCUAUAGCGUUCAUGUGCUGUUUUCCUUCUGGUUUCGAUCCUUCAGAGAAGUUAGGCAAGACUCUUGUUGAGAUUCAUGCUCCGGUUCCGUCGUAUGAGAAGAUCGGGUCUAGUAUGGAGAAGUUCUUUGCGAAGCUGGAGGUGGGAAAGAGUGUGAAGCGGACAAACUGGUCCGUUCAAACACAUACCGAGUUAUUCAAUUGUAAAGGCAAUCACAUAACAGGCGACGACACCUACGAGAACGACGAGAGCGUUGACAUCGAGAAGACGUUUCUCCGAAUUGAGCUUCAGACUUUGACCCGUCUACCAAAGACUCGCGCUAUCCUCUUCUCAUUCAAGACAUACCUCUACCCAGUUAAUCAGAUCAAGGAAGAGGGCCUUGGACCGGCUUUCGCGGACGCUAUUGAGGGUCUUGCUAAGGGCAAUGCACCUGGGAUGUGGACUUAUAAGAGUGCAGUUCGGUGGGGAAGCAGUGUGAUUGACUAUCUCAGAUCGUGA